AUGCUGUUUAGAAGUUAUGCGGUAUACGUUGGUUUCCAAGUACAGCUUGAUUUAACUGGCAUAUUUAUGCAUGGUAAAAUCCCAACUCUGAAAAUAUCACUCAUCCAAAUAUUCCGCGCUCACUUGUGGCAAAAAAUCCACGAAUCUGUAGUCAUGGAUAUUUGUCAAGUGUUUGACCAAGAAUUAGAUGCUCUGGAAAUAGAAACUGUACAAAAGGAAACCAUCCAUCCUCGAAAGUCUUAUAAAAUGAAUUCCAGUUGUGCAGAUAUUCUUUUGUUUGCUUCUUACAAGUGGCCUGUGUCCAGACCAAGUCUUUUGGCUGAUUCAAAAGACCUUAUGGAUGGUACCACUACCCAAAAAUUCUGGAUCGAUAUUCAGUUGAGAUGGGGUGAUUAUGACUCCCACGAUAUUGAGCGUUAUGCUAGAGCAAAGUUUCUGGACUAUACAACUGACAACAUGUCUAUUUAUCCUUCUCCAACAGGUGUCAUGAUUGCAAUUGAUCUUGCCUAUAAUUUGCAUAGUGCUUAUGGAAAUUGGUUCCCUGGUUGUAAACCACUCAUUCAACAGGCAAUGGUCAAAAUAAUGAAAGCCAAUCCCGCUCUGUAUGUGUUACGUGAACGUAUUAGGAAAGCAUUACAAUUAUACUCUAGCGAACCUACUGAGCCUUACUUGAGCUCACAGAACUACAACGAAUUGUUCUCCAAUCAAAUUAUAUGGUUUGUUGAUGAUACAAAUGUAUACCGUGUUACUAUACACAAAACUUUUGAAGGCAAUCUUACGACAAAGCCUAUCAAUGGAGCAAUUUUCAUUUUCAACCCACGAACUGGACAGUUAUUCUUGAAAAUUAUCCAUACAUCUGUAUGGGCAGGACAAAAACGUUUAGGUCAGUUGGCAAAAUGGAAAACAGCUGAGGAAGUUGCUGCACUCAUUCGUUCGCUGCCAGUUGAAGAACAACCUAAGCAAAUUAUUGUUACUCGUAAGGGCAUGUUAGAUCCUUUGGAAGUGCAUCUUCUCGACUUCCCGAAUAUUGUUAUAAAGGGUUCUGAACUCCAAUUACCUUUCCAAGCGUGCCUGAAAGUUGAAAAGUUCGGAGAUCUCAUAUUGAAGGCAUCAGAACCACAGAUGGUCCUAUUUAAUCUCUAUGAUGAUUGGCUUAAAUCUAUCAGCUCCUAUACGGCAUUUUCUCGCUUGAUUUUGAUUUUGCGAGCUUUACAUGUCAAUAAUGAUAAAGCAAAGAUUGUUCUCAAGCCUGAUAAAACAACAAUCACCGAACCUCAUCACAUCUGGCCGUCACUUAGUUCUGAUGAUUGGAUUAAAGUAGAGUAUCAAUUAAAGGAUCUUAUUUUAGCAGACUAUGGAAAGAAAAACAAUGUUAAUGUCGCCUCACUGACCCAAUCAGAAAUACGUGAUAUUAUCUUGGGUAUGGAAAUUUCCGCCCCAUCACAACAACGUCAACAAAUAGCUGAAAUUGAAAAACAAGCUAAAGAACAAUCUCAACUUACAGCAACCACAACAAGAACUGUAAACAAACAUGGGGAUGAAAUUAUUUCAACCACAACAUCAAACUAUGAAACUCUUCAUUUCAGUAGCAAAACAGAAUGGCGUGUUCGUGCGAUUUCCGCAACCAAUUUGUACCUUCGAACGAACAAUAUAUAUGUCAGCUCAGAUGAUAUUAAGGAAAACGGAUACACAUAUAUCUUACCCAAAAAUAUUUUGAAGAAGUUCAUAACCAUAUCUGAUCUACGUACACAGAUCGCUGGUUAUUUAUACGGUAUUUCACCGGCAGACAAUUCUCAAAUAAAAGAAAUUCGUUGUAUUGUAAUGCCGCCACAAUGGGGUACUCAUCAGACUGUUCAUUUGCCUAAUGGACUUCCACAAGACGAGUACCUAAAGGAAAUGGAACCUCUUGGCUGGAUUCACACACAACCGAACGAACUGCCACAACUUUCACCUCAGGAUAUCACCACUCAUGCUAAGAUCUUUUCCGACCAAGAUGGAGAGAAAACCAUUGUCAUAACUUGUAGUUUUACUCCCGGUUCAGUUUCACUCUGUGCACAUAAACUUACACCUGGUGGUUAUGAAUGGGGUCGCCAGAAUACGGAUAAAGGCAAUAAUCCAAAAGGUUAUUUACCAAGUCACUAUGAACGAGUACAAAUGUUACUAUCAGACAGAUUUCUCGGAUUCUUUAUGGUACCACCACAGACUUCUUGGAAUUACAACUUCAUGGGUGUACGUCACGAUCCUAACAUGAAAUAUGAGCUACAACCCCUCAAACCGAAAAAGUUUUAUCAUCGCAUUCAUAGACCUUCACACUUUUUAAACUUUACUUCCAUUGAAGAAAACGAAUUAUCUUCAACCGACCGAGAUAACCCCUUGGCAUAG